AGUAAAGAGAGAUGCACAGACGAUCAGACUGAGUUCAGAUCCAACUAGCAGCUUCCACUCAGUGAGUCCAGCUACAGGAGAGAAAACUGGAAAACUCCCACACUGCUGCUUACAGCUGCUGACGCUCCACACACUGAAUCUGAGUGUGAGCAAAACUCCUGUCUGCUGUUUUCAGCUUCACUCACAGACUCAAUGGCUUCCAGAUCAGAGGACGAUCUCUGCUGUCCGGUGUGUCAGGAGGUCUUCAGAGAUCCUGUUAUUCUGUCAUGUGGCCACAGCUUCUGUAAAGACUGUCUGAAGAGAUGGUGGAGUGAGAGAACAACACAUGAGUGUCCAGUUUGUGAAAGAUCCUCGGGGAAUGAACCAUUUGUAAACCUGGCUUUAAAGAACCUGUGUGAGUCGUUCUUACAGGAGAGAGAUCAGAGAGCUUCAGAGGCUCUCUGCAGUCUGCACUCUGAGAAACUCAAACUCUUCUGUCUGGACCAUCAGCAGCCAGUGUGUCUCAUCUGCAGAGACUCAGAAAAACACACCAACCACAGAUUCAGACCCAUCGAUGAAGCUGCACAACAACACAGGAAGGAACUUCAGGAAACUCUGGAGGCCUUAAAGAAGAAGUUGGACGUUUGUGCAGAACUUCAAGUGAAGUUUGAUCAAAUAGCAAAACACAUUAAUGUCCAGGCCCGACACACAGAGACUCAAAUUAAGGAGCAGUUUAAGAAGUUUUGCCAGUUUCUAGCAGAGGAAGAGGAGGACAGGCUGGCUGCAGUGAGGGAGGAAGAGGAGCAGAAGAGUGGGAUGAUGAAGGAGAACAUGGAGGCUCUAAGCAGACACAUAGCUGCUCUUUCAGACAUAGUCAGAGCCACAGAGGAGGAGCUGAGAGCUGAAGACGUCUCAUUUCUGCACAACUACAAGGCUGCAGUGGAAAGAGUCCAGCGCUGCCCCCUGCUGGAUGAUCCACAGCUGCCCUCAGGAGCUCUGAUAAACCAGGCCAAACACCUGGGCAACCUGACCUUCAACAUCUGGAACAACAUGAAGGACAUGGUCUCCUACACUCCUAUCAUUCUGGACCCAAACACUGCUCCUCCAGAACUCAUCCUAUCUGAGGAUCUGACCAGUGUGAGACGAGGAGAUGAACAACAGCUUCCUGAUAAUCCAGAGAGGUUUGAUGAGCUCUACUCUGUCCUGGGCUCUGAAGGCUUUGGCUGUGGGACUCACAGCUGGGAUGUCGAGGUUGGAUACAGUACAUGGUGGAACCUGGGUGUGUUUGCAGAGUCUGUGCAGAGGAAGGGAGAUGAAAUGACUGAAUUAUGGAAAAUAAGAUUCCAUAAAGGUAAAUACUACGCGUGGCCACCAUCACCUACAGGUUCUGCUCUUUCAGUACAGAAGAAGUUUCAGAGGAUCAGAGUGAAUCUGGACUGUAACAGAGGAAAGCUGACGUUCUCUGAUCCUGAUACUAACACACACAUACACACCUUCACAUACACUUUCACUGACAGGAUGUUUCCGUUCAUUAACACAGUGGCUGGUAAAUUGAAGGUUCUGCCAUUGAAGGUGUCAGUGUAAAUUAAUUCAUUAUAAUUCUAUUUCUAAUGUUGUUAAAAGCCAGUUAAACUGCAGCUGUCCUCCUGCUGCUUUAUUGUUCCAAAGAUCUUUAUUAAUCACACUGUUCUCACUCUUUCUUUGUUUCUGCUGUCCACUUUUUCACCUGGAAGAUCAUUUCACUGUUUCUUAUUGAAUGACCCCCAAACUAUCAAGUUUUUAAUCUGUGAUGAUGUCAGAAGUUAGAAAGCUAUCUGACCAACCAGCAGCACACUGUUUAUUUUAAUGGCAGUUUUUUGAAUACAUGUAAUGUGAGGAGCAUCUAAAGGUAGCCAUUUAGAGCACAGUUUUCUCACUUCAGUUAACAUUAUCAUCAAAUUAGAUUUGUAACAGAAAGGAGACGUACCUUGCCAAAAAUGACAACAAUUAUUUCUUUGAAAACAGUCAUUUACCAUAAUAGUUAUUUAUGGUGGAACUGAUUGUAAAUCAGAGCACAAGAACAGUAAUUCUAAAAUCACAAGAGUUGUAAAUAAUUUGAGCUGUAUAUAAAAAGAAGCCAGUGGAAAGAGCGUGUGUGGGCUUAUACAAAAUUACAUUUAUUACCUUGAUGAUGGAAGUAAAGUGUAAGAAUGGAGAUGAAAUGUGUUGAAAUUACACUGGAGAAGAAAUAAUGUUUAUUAGAAUGAUGCAUUAUGUUAUAUAAACUGUGUCCAAUAUAAACUUUGAUUAAUGUUUCUGUGCAAUAUUCUAAUGUAGCUUUUUUUCAAUGUUCUCAUCUCAAAUUCUCAGAAUUUUAGUAUUGUUAGUGUUUUAUAUGGUGUUGGUUUGUCACAACAUUUCAAUAGACAACAUGAGUUUUAAAAAAUCUUUAGUUUGAGUUCACAUAUUUGGAAUGCUUUAUUUGUGCUUCUGAUAAUAUUGUGAAUACUGGAUUACAAUAUAUUAGAGAUGGCACGAUACCACUUUUUUAUGUCCGAUACCGAUACCGAUAUCAUAAAUUUGGAUAUCUGCCGAUACCGAUAUGAAUCCGAUAUAGUGUGUUUUUUAAUCAAUAAAACUGU